AUGAGCUAUAAUGAUGGUCCCGAGCUGAUCGGGCUUGGUCGAGUUGGACGCGUGAUGCGCUUCGGAGACAUCGCAGUCAAAACGGCCAAUGUUUGGACUGUCCCUAAGGGUGCAUCCGAGACGACGAUUAUCAGCUACGAGCAGACAAAUAAGCUAAACAAGCAAUCUCUAAAACAUGAAGGACAUGUUGUGGACAGCAGUCAACGAUUACAAUGGCUCCAAGAAGCUGCACAUAUCAUCCAUCGAGUACACGAGCGGCGAGUAUUGGUAGUCGAUAUUGCGACACGCAAUUUCCUGCUUGACGAGGAUCUUUCUCUCCACAUGUGCGAUUUUACCGAAUCUACUAUUGUCGCGGAUGAUGAGGACAUGGCAGAAUUUAUUUUUGAAGACUUCACUCCAGUCAAGUCCGACAUUGCGCGCUUCGGCUCGAUGAUGUACGAAGUUAUCUCUGGAAAUCUGUUCGAAUUCUACGUUAUACCUGACAUCGAGACUGACCUAGACGAUGAUCCAGUGUCAAAGACAUAUAUAACCUGA